AGCCCUCCCUCGGGCUGACGUCACUCCCUCGCUUAAAUACGGGAUCCGUCUCAUCAGCGAUCAAGAGAGAAACCCUCAGCGGGAGGACGACGCGUUAAACGGACUAACUGGAAUUUUGACAUUAAACGGAAGACGUUGUAGCCGCAAUCACAUACAGGUUUGGAGUCAUGACUUUGAACAAAGGAGACAAGUUGAGGAACAUGGACAAGAGGAGAGGUAGCAUGCCGUUUCCCCUGCACCUGCAGAACUUGCACAGGAGGAGCAUGCCUGUGGACGACCGAGAGCUGCGCUCGAUGCCCGAGGCUCAGCCCAGCCUCCUGCGCUUCAGUCCGGCGGAGGAGCACAGGAACAGCUGCGUGUCCGACUCCUCUGACUCAGUCAUCUCGUCCGGCAGCGACUCAGACGGACAGAUCUACAAGGUGGUCCUCCUGGGCGAGCACGGCGUCGGGAAGUCGAGUUUGGCCAGAAUAUUUGGAGGAGUUGAAGACAGCAGCGACUGCGAGGAAACAGGAAACACAUAUGACAGAUCCCUUGUGGUUGAUGAUGAGGAGACAUCAAUCCUUCUCUAUGACAUAUGGGAACAGGAUAACAGCCAGUGGCUGAAAGAUCAGUGCAUGCGAAUGGGAGACGCCUACAUCAUUGUGUACUCAGUGACAGACAAGUCCAGCUUUGAGAAAGCUUCAGAGCUACGAAUCCAGCUGCGCAGAGCUCGGCAGUCGGAAAACAUCCCCAUCAUCCUGGUGGGAAACAAGAGUGACUUGGUGCGGUCCCGAGAAGUUUCUGUAGAUGAGGGCAGUGCCUGUGCCGUUGUGUUUGACUGCAAGUUCAUUGAGACCUCAGCCUCCCUACAUCACAAUGUGCGUGACCUCUUCGAGGGCAUCGUCCGACAAAUUCGCCUACGCAAGGACAGCAAGGAAGAAAAUGCCCGCCGCAUGGCCAACUGCAAGCGCCGCGAGAGCAUCAGCAAAAAGGCCAAACGUUUCCUGGGCCGCAUCGUGGCCCGGAAGAACAAGAAGAUGGCCUUCAGACAGAAAUCCAAAUCCUGUCACGACCUGUCAGUGCUAUAAAAAACUGGACUUAUAUACUCUCUGAUACCCACGACCAGAAGCUGUGUUUUUCAUGCUAAUAUGAGGACUAUUUAGCUGUACAGACAAAUAUGAACUUGUUUUGUAAACUGAGAAGAGAUUAUAUAUGAAACAAAGCUGACAAAAUCAAAUUGAUUAUGUUGACCGGCAUGAGGCUUUUUAUUGCUAUGUUACUUUUUUCUGUGUUUUGCUGCCUUAAUAUGUAUAGUUGUCAAAUUCGGCGCAUGUAAAUAGGAGGUAAAUCCACAAAUCACAAUGUUCCCUUUGGAGACCUGUGGGUAUGUUUGCAGAAAGGCAAAAGAAAUAGGUUCUUUUCCUUAUGUGGACUAGAGCUGUAUCAGAUGUCUGAGGGAUGAGCACAAGUCAUUUUUCUUGUUGAAAUGACAUAUGGAAUCAAAUGUUACUUGAAACUGAGUGCGCAGGUUCGUAACUCAGCCAAGACACCGAACUAGAAGGUUUGGUUUUUUUGGGGGGUUGGGUUGGGUUGGGUGGGGUAGGGCAAGA